AUGUCAGUGGAUGGUCAGUGGAUGGCCAGUGGAUGUCACUGGAUGUCAGUGGAUGGUCAGGGGAUGGUCAGUGGAUGUCAGUGGAUGUCAGUGGAUGGUCAGUGGAUGUCAGUGGAUGGUCAGUGGAUGGUCAGUGGAUGUCAGUGGAUGGUCAGGGGAUGUCAGUGGAUGUCAGUGGAUGAUCAGUGGAUGGUCAGUGGAUGUCGUUGGAUGAUCAGUGGAUGGUCAGUGGAUGUCGUUGGAUGUCAGUGGAUGGUCACUGGAUGUCAGUGGAGGCCAGUGGAUGUCACUGGAUGUCAGUGGAUGCCAGUGGAUGAUCAGUGGAUGGCCAGUGGAUCCUCCUGUAAUGUGAUCGCCCAGGUUACAGAUGUCCUUAUUGACCUUAGUACAUACAACACAUCCCACGGCACUGUCGUCACUGUCGGCUGUAAACGAUUCGGACAUCGUGUGAUUGGUCCACAAAAUGUCACAUGUCUAAAUACCAGUGUCUGGAGUGAUACCACCCAACCAAAAUGUGCUUGGACUGGAGAAUUAAACACUUAUGAGAAGUUGGUGAUAGGUGUCGCUGCAUCGUGUAUUAUAUUGCUGCUUAUCUGCCUCGUCUUGAUUAUCUCCCUUGUUAUAUAUCGGCACAGCCGCCGACAACACAGCGAAAAAGAUUCUGACUCGGACAGUGGUCGGUUUCCACCUUAUGCAAUAAACCAUCAUGUUGAGCAUGCGUAUUAUCCACCUCCCAUGGUUCACAGGGGCAGUGGUCCUUAUAAACACCGAAUAUCACGACCAGCCCCUUACCAAAGGGGAGAUAAGUCUAAAUACAGAAAUACAGAUUAUGACAACCAAUAUAAUUAUCAGAAUGAGAGAAAUGGUUACAUCCAGAAUGGCACACCAUCUGAUUAUACCCGAGGAAAUUAUCACAACCAUGCAUAUGAUGGUGGCCAUCCAGAACAUCGCUAUCCUGUGGAGGUCACAACAAACCCAUCAGAUCAGGAUGCAUACAAAUGGAAUGGCCAUAUACCACGGCCCAAGUUGGGCCCAGAAGGACGAGAGCCGUUCUAG